CUUUUUUUUCUUUUCACUAAUGUCUCAAGACCUGAAAACCCAACACAUCAACUCACUGUUUGCGCAUAAUCCUACAACGACGACUGCAGUUGAAGGUCAACUUUAUGAAUUACCACUUGUAGAAGAUAAGACGUUCUUGCUGAUAAACUUGCCUCCUCACUUUCCUGAAGAACCACCAGUAAUCACAUUCUCACCAACCAAUAUGAGACAUCCUUGGCUUGAGUCUGACGUGGUUGUGUGUGAUGGUCUGUCGAACUGGCAACCACAACAGUCUAAUUUGGGAAUGCUCGUAAAAGAAAUUUAUAAAGAAUUUACAACUAGGCCUCCAGUAAAGAAAACAAUGACUAAUGAGACCAAGUCAGAGGAAGGUUACGGACACCGCCCACUUCCUCCUAUACCACCCAUGAUGCCGUCUAACCCUGAAUAUGCAGCCAUAUCUAAACUAAGCCCCGAAGAAGUGGAAGAACUCUUAUAUAACGAAACAGCUUUCGAGUUAUUUUUCUAUAACCUCGAAAGAGUGAAAAACUUGAAAACCUUCCAUGAAGACUUGAGAAAUGGCAAUGAAAUGCUUGCACUAGACAAGAACUUAAGCAGAGAGGAUGAGUUGAUCAAGCUGAGAUCAGAAGUUGUAAACUCGCAUCUGAAAUAUAAGGCAGAUAAACAAGAUUUUGAAGCUAAAGAGAAACUACAACAAGAGGCUUUUAAUAGAUUCUCCUCAUCCACAGUACUGACCAGACUCAAGGCAAGCGUGUAUGAGUCAGACGAACUAUCAGAGUCAGUAGCACAGAGCUUCUUAGAUGGUAACUUGAACAAUGAAAGCUUUGUGAAGCAGUUUAGAGAAUUCAGAAAGGUGUAUCACUUGAGAGCAAGCAAAUUGGAAAAGGCUCAAAGGGAUAACUUGUUUAUACCCGCAUAUUAUUAAACCCAACCUUUAUAUUAAACGCGCAUAUACUUUAUUCAGAAAUUACGCUGAUAGAAAAAUGACAAUUUCAGACAACAAAUAAUAAAAGAGAGCCCACAAUAAGUGAAAGAAUGAGAUAUAAAAGAUUAGUAUUUUCAGUUACGUGUUAAAAGUGCUGACCACAUUUAUCUUC